AUGGGUAUGAUAUAUAGUCGUUUACUGUCCAAGAGAAUACUAGUCUUUCAACAUAUAUUAGCAAUUGCACGACAAAAGUCAAUACUAAAACCUGUUCGUACGUUUAUUCUGAACACUUUACCUCGAAAUGUAAAUAUUAACGAUGAUUAUGAUCUAGUCGACUAUUUAUUAUGUGUGGCUAUAGAAGAAAAUAAUUUUCAAGUUGUAUGCUGUUGUCUUGAUUCAAAUAGUAUUGAUAUAAAUAUGUCAACCGAUGAAUUACAAAAUACAUUACUUCAUAAUGCUAUACAAAUGAAACAAGUUGAUGCUAAUAUUAUAGAAUUAUUGUUAGCCUAUGGAGCUGAUGUAAAUAAAGAAAAUUUAAAUAAUGAGACCUCUAUUUUCGCUCUAUUUUAUCGUACGAACAAUCGAUCACCAGAAAGUAAACUAAUGAUAUUAAAAAUAUUAAUCGACGCAAAUGUUAACGUAAAUAAACAAGAUCGUUAUGGUUUUACUCCCUUACAAUGUUUAAUUAGAAUGUUGUUAAGAAGGGUAGAUUUCACAUUUGAACAGAUGCAAUUAGCAGUUUACUAUUUGUUUUAUGCAAAUGCAAGUAGAACAUUAAAUGUUCAAAAUACUUCUGGUCAAACUACUCUUCAUUUAGCAUGUUAUGAUGUUAGUCGAACAGGACCACUAGCAUCAUUAUUUCUUACUUUCGGAGCCGAUCCCAAACUUGUUGAUAAUUUUGGAAGAACUGCAUUACACUAUGCAGCAAUGGAUUCUGAAAAUAUGUCUAUAGUACAAAUUCUCCACUAUUAUGGUGCAGAGAUAAAUGCCAAAGAUAACUUUGAUCGUACACCACUUUAUGAAUUAUGUGUUCAAUCAAAGUAUGAUGAUGCACGAAUUAUACCCUUCAUCACACUAUUAGUCAAACUCGGAGCCUAUAUCAAUUGUCGAGCAAUUGAUAAAACUACUGCUUUACAUUUGGCAGCAGAAAAAUUCAAUGUAACGAUUUGUCAAGCAUUUGUUGAACUUGGCGCAAAUAUUAACAGUCGAGAUUAUCUAAAUCGCACACCACUCCAUUUUGCUGCCAGAAAUCCCAAAAGCGAUGUUGCUCGUAUGCUAAUUGAUCAUGGUGCCGACGUCGAUAUACCCGAUCAGCGUUUUUCAACACCCGCACAUUAUGCAGUGAUGCUAAAUAAUUUAAACGUCUUGAAAGUGAUUUUAGAACACCAUGUUAACUAA